AUUGCUCGCACUACUUAGUCAACACAAUGAAUUCCAGUGUUUGUCUUAUGAAAAUGGUUUGUUUUUCACAUGAAAAAUCUGCCAUUUUUAGGCAAGUUUUGGUUUCUUGGAUAGUUUUUAUGGUCAUGUUGGUUCCCUGUACUAAAGAAAAGUGUGCGUUUGAAGCUAUGUUCAUAUUCGGGGAUUCGAAUUCUGAUAGUGGAGGAUUCAAUGCUGCGUUUCCAUCUCAGCCGUCUCCUAACGGCAUGACCUACUUCAACAGGCCAACUGGUAGGGCCACGGACGGGAGGCUAUACGUCGAUUUCCUUGCUCAAGGUCUUGGCCUGCCGUUUGUGAGUCCUUAUCUGCAGUCAAUUGGAUCUGAUUACAGACAUGGUGCUAAUUUUGCUACGGCUGCUUCCACUGUACUCAUGCCGACCACUUCUCUGUUUGUCAAUGGAGUCAGCCCUUUUUACUUGGCUGUGCAGAUAAAUCAAAUGAAGCAGUUCAAGGCUAAAGUUGAAGAAUUUAAGUCCCAAGGGCAAACAAAUCUCCCUCAGCCAGAUAUAUUUGGAAAAGCCCUCUAUGUCAUCUACAUUGGCCAGAAUGACUUCACUGGUUUUGCAGGCUCGGCAGGUGCAGGCGGAGCGAAGCAGUAUGCGCCUCAAAUCGUUUCCCAAGUCGUUAGCACUGUCAAGGAACUAUACUCGUUAGGAGGGCGGACGUUUUUGGUCCUAAAUCUUGGUCCGGUGGGCUGUUACCCUGCAUUUCUGGUGCAGUUCCCUCACGGGAGCUCAGACAUCGACCCGUCUGGAUGCAUGAUGUCUCACAACAAUGCUGUGAACGAAUAUAACUCUAUGCUGAAAGAUGCACUUGGACAAGCUCGGCAGGAUCUUAAGGAUGCUAACCUGAUACAUGUGGACACUAAUUCUGUGCUGCUAGAGCUUUACCGGAACCCCACAUCCCACGGGAUGCAGCAUGGGACGACAGCUUGCUGUGGAUAUGGCGGUGGUUCGUACAAUUACAACCAGCAAGUUUUCUGUGGAUACUCAAAGGUGGUCAAUGGGCAGACCGUUACGGCUUCAGCCUGUAGUGAUCCUCAGAAUUAUGUGAGCUGGGAUGGGAUUCAUCUCACGGAAGCUGCUAACAAGAUCAUGGCUUCUGCGAUCCUUAGCGGAUCUCACUUUGAUCCCCCAUUCUCUCUAAGUCAGUACUGUGACAUUAAACCGUCCUGA